AUGAAGCACAGUGAGAUCCAGGAUCGUUCUGGGGGUCAUAAUCAUCGUCCCUACAAACUGGCUGUGGUGUUUCUUGGGCUGAUGUGUCAUUUACAGUUUAGGUACAACAACCUGACUGAAGAGAAAGACCAGUUAGAGAUCCAUAUUAACAACUUGAUUAGAGAGAAUGCACAAUUACAGGCAAGAAACACCGCACUGAGUAAAGAUCUGGAAACCAACAUCAGUGCCAUGGCUGGUGAGCGGGAUGAACUUCAGUCAGAUCUUUCCAAUCUCGAACUAUUGUAUUUUUUUCUGGCUGGUGAGCGGGAUGAACUUCAGUUGAAUCUUUCCAAUCUCGAAUCACAUGACAUGAAGAGAAUUAAAAGUCAUGCAGUGGAUGUGACUCUGGAUCCUGACAUCGCACAUGCCUCUCUCAUCCUGUCUGCUGAUGGGAAACAAGUGAGACUUGGCGACACAAAACAGAACGUCCCUGACAACCCCAAAAGGUUCAGUCCUGUUGUAAAUGUCUUGGGAAAACAGGGCUUUUCCACUGGUAAAUUCUACUAUGAGGUUCAGGUUAAGGGGAAGACUGCUUGGGACUUAGGGGUGGCCAGAGAGUCCAUUACCAGGAAGGGAAAGAUAACUCUGAGCCCUGGGAAUGGAUACUGGACAAUAUGGCUGCGUAAUGGGACUUAUGUAGCACUAGCUAGUCCCUCUGUUCCCCUCUCCCUGAAAGACAAGCUCCAGAGGGUGGGGGUGUUUGUGGAUUAUGAGGCAGGUCUGGUCUCAUUUUAUGAUGCAGACUGUUGGUAUCAUCUCUACUCUUUUACUAAUGUUAAGUUCAUUCAGAAACUUUACCCAUUCUUCUGUCCUGGGCUUAAUGAUGGAGGUAAGAACUCCGCUGCUCUUAUCAUCUCCUCAGUUCAUAUCUGCCCUAUCAAGUAA